AUGCUUUCAGGUGUUCCUAGAGCUACCUGUUUGGAUCUCAUCAACAAAGGCAAGCAGAAGGCACUUCAGACCGGAAACCCUGAUCUUUGUGCAGAAGAAAACAUUGUGCCAGAUCCCAACUCGUUGAAGGGUAGUAAUAAGGCCUUGAGUGCCAAGCAGCAAAGAACUUUGAUUGAGUUAGCUUUAUCGGAUGCAACUCACUACUGUAUGCUUUUAGGUGAACUUGGAGCAGCAGCUGGUUUGAACGUGGGAAUCAAUACCAUCAGUAAAACCUUGAAGGCAGAUGGGAUCUAUCGACACGCAUCCACCAAGACGCCUUUGAUGAAUGAUAAUCACAAGGCUGCACAUCUGGCCUUCUGUUUGCAGCACCGACAGCAGAAUUGGCAAGACAUUAUCUUUACAGAUGAAUCCUAUUUUGAGACUUGUAAUCUACUGGAGAGAAGAGCCAGAGGUGUCAUACGAUGCACUAGAGAAGCUUUUACACCAUGCAAUAUGAAUAGAAAGUUCCAAGGGGGGGCUACAGUUAUGUUCUGGGGGGCAAUUCUAUACAGAUAUCCAGGCUCUCAACUACCCUACUAUGUCUACAAAACACCUUACGAAACAACUAUUGAAUGA